AUGGUCAAAGCCUCCCUCCUCGGCGCAGUCGCCCUGCUCGCCUGCGGCCUCACCGAUGCCACCCAGAUCUUCAGCAACCCCGGCACGCUGACGGGCUGGGACCAAAUCAACCACGAACACUCGGGCACCGUCAAGCAGGUCACGGACGUCGUGUACAAGGGCCCAAGCGCGCUCAAGAUGACCCAGAUCUACGACUCGAGCUACCGCGGCCGGUACCACUCGGAGGUGGUGAAGAAGAACGUCUACAAGCGCGGCGACACGGGGUUCUACGGCUUCGCGUUCCGCCUGCCCGAGGACUGGCAGUUCUCGCCCGCCCAGUCGUACAACAUCGCGCAGUUCAUCGCCGACUUCAGCGACACCGGCUGCGACGACUUCAUGCCCUCCACCAUGGUCUGGCUGGUCGGCACCCAGCUGCACUCGCGCGUCAAGCAGGGCACCAUCUGCGCGCAGAAGACCAAGGACUUCCCCAACCUGGCGACGGUCACGGCGGGCGACUGGCACAGGAUCGUCAUCCAGUCGAAGUGGGAGUCGGAUGGCACGGGAUUCUUCAAGCUGUGGUUCGACGGCGCCAAGGUGCUGGACCAACGGAAUCUCGCCACGACGAUUGAUGAUUCUCGCGCCUUCCAGUUCCGUGCGGGGCUGUAUGCGAACGGAUGGCAUGAUGAUAAGGGCAUGAAGGGUUCCCAGGGCACCAGACAGGUCUGGUAUGAUCAGAUUGCCGCGGGAUCGACUUUUGCCGAUGCGGAUCCGGCACAGUGGUGA